CGGUUCCUAUUACAGUUAGUCCCACUGGCUCCUGGCCCGCCCCUGCGGUCGCUCGCUGGAUUCAAAGCAUAUGAACCUGCACUUCUACGCUUGUGCCUCUUCGAUGUCGUUGACAGACCUCCAACAUAAGCCAUGUUGCCGUUCAUGAGGAACUUGAGGAGACUCCGACGCAACCAGCAAAUCUCGCAGAUGUCAAUCGUUUGCCGAGCAGGUAAACCCAUCACUCGCGACGAACUUUUCACAUAUACCAAUGGCCGCUUCCUCGUCGAUGAGGACCGUCAGUUUUCCCGGCGCUACCGUAAAUUCAACUUGGAUGCCCUCUGUGAUAUAGCCGCUGCAGCUGGUGAGAGCACAUCUCGAAUCAUUGCCAUUGAGAAGCUCGAAGGAGGUUUCAGCAAGGCCCUUCUAAUGAAAAAGGAGGACGGAGGUGAAUUGAUCGCGAAAGUUCCCUGCCGCAUUGCUGGCCCGGCCUUCCUCACGACAGCGUCCGAAGCAGGUACUUUGGAAUACAUCAGAAAGUACACGAGUAUCCCUGUUCCCCGUGUCUUUUCUUGGUCGCCACACGACUCAAACACUGUCGGGGCAGAGUAUAUCGUCAUGGAGAAGGCGAUUGGGGUUCCAUUAUUUGAACGAUGGGGCAAGAUGACAGAAAUCGAGAAACUGCAGCUUAUAAAGAAUUUGACUCAACUUGAGGCUCAAUUGUCAGCUAUCUCGUUUCCUGCAUAUGGCGGUUUGUAUUUGCGUGCAGAUGCAGAUCGUUUAAAACACCAAGACCUCGGAGGCAACUUGGACGAACAGUGCCCCUUCUGCAUUGGCCCUUCACCUGACCGCUCCUUUGACGUUGAUGCGGCAGCUGAUCUACCCACCGAGGAUGAGUCAAUCAACAAUGGGCCUUGGAAUAGCUUAUCAGAUCUCGGGAUUUCAAUUGCCAAACGAGAGCUCUCUCGGAUUGCAUCACAAUUUGCAGACAACCAGUCAAUGGCCCAUCGGGGAAGCCCCCAAGAACAAAUGCAUCUCCUGAAAAUUACAAUCAGCCUGAUGGGGAUGUUGGAUUCGCACCCAGUACUAACCCAACUCGCCAAGCCUACACUCUGGCACACUGACCUCCAUAUGGGAAAUAUCUUUGUGGCACCCGAUAACAACUCCCAGAUUACAGCAUUAAUCGAUGUGCAGUCUCUAUCGGUGCUCCCGUUGUUCCUUCAAGCGCGAUGGCCAGUGUUCCUGCAGCCCCCUCGGGAAUAUACUAGAGGCCUUGUCCAGCCUGUGCUCCCCGAUGACUUUGAUUCUUUAGGCGAAGAAGACAAGGUCGCUGCUUUAUGUGACUGGACACAAGCCAAAAUGGCGAAAGCGUAUGAAGUCUCGACCUUUAUAGAGAACAGGCUUGCCCAUAACGCCAUGAAUGUGCCGCGUGUUUUUCGGGAACUCUUCAUUCGCACUGGAGAAACGUCUGAUGUUGGAGUCGUUCCAUUGCGAGAGUGCUUGAUUGAAAUAUUUCAGAACUGGUCGAAUCUGGGAUUUCCCGGACAUUGUCCUUAUUCCUUCAGCCAGGAAGAUAUCGAUGCACAUAAACAGCAAUUUGCUGAAUAUGAAGAGUGGAAUGAGGUCCAGCAGCUCGCUCAGGAAUCUCUAGACACCGACGCAGAAGGGUGGGUGGCGCCGCAGCUGGAUUUUGUCCAAAAACAACGUCAGAACAAGGAGCUGUUAUCGAUGUAUAUUGCGCGAAUGGAGGGGAGAAAAUCUCCGGCAGAAGUAAUGCGGAUAUGGCCUUUUCCAGAAUAACAAAAUAAAAAGGACUCGGACACAUCGGUUGGCUGGUUUAUGAAUGAGCGAUUUGCACCCAGGGCAAGCAUCUGAAUUUGAUUGAAUUGUCUGUGGACAGACGGAUAUAUUUAGAAUGCUACUACUGUAACUAUGAACAUGGAAUUGAGUCGUCUCCAGUACAACCAAUACGAUCCUUUCCUUUCCGUCGGGAAAAUUCAAGACGGGAAGUGUGAUCAAAAUUCUACCUUUUGCUUUUGCUUCUACUACCUCAAACUCAUGCUGUAGUUUAGGUUCUGUACACUCAAGGUCUAGACAUACUCAAUCCGAAAAUCCAAACUUCACGUGGCGGGAUAAAGACAU